UAUGCAUUUUCAUUAAAAAUCUUUAGGCUUACUCUUGCUGAGAUUAAUUUUUACUUCCUUAAAUUGUAAACUGGAAGCUGCAAGUUUUAGUGUGAGAUGACAGAUUGUGGGUGUUUUCAAUUUGUCCUUUUUAAAAGGAACUACUUGAUAACUUUGUUUCCCAGUUGAAUUUAAGUGUGCAUGGCUUGGAGCUUUCUGUUGCUGAUGUCCCAGUAAAUUUAUGUAGUACCAUUGUUGCAUUGUUCAAGUUUUCUUACCAUUCCUGUUCAUAGCAACUUCAUCUUGUGUGUUUGUUGUGGAAAAAAAAUCUGUUUGCUAGGAAAAUACCGUACUGGUGGGAGAAAAUUGGGUGUCAGGCUUGAGAAAAUAAUUUGAGUGGUAUUACAAAAAAAAAAAGAAAGUAUGCAGGCAUAUAUAGGUAUAUGGAGAAGCAUGGCAGGUACAGCCUGUUUCUUUCUGUAGGAAGCCUGUUUAUAUCAAGGAAAAAAAUGAUGUGUUUCCUCAAAUGCUUCAGAAAACAAAAUGUCUCAGUAGUUUCCAUGUACACAAGGUGUCAUUUUCCUCAAGCAAAUGCUAUAUAAUUCAUGGCGUCAAACUACUCUGGAGUUUGAGUAUGUGCAGAAUGAAAUAAAAAAAAAAUCCAUAUUCAAUAUAGGCUAUUGCAGAGCUAAGCUAUAUUCUGUUCCCUCUCUAGAGUACUUUGAAAAUCACCUAGCUGAGCACAGCACUGUCUCUGUACUCCACAAAGCAGCAGUAUUGUGAUCAGAUGAGGCUGGUGCAGCCACUUACCAUCUCCAUCCUUCCCACUGCCAUCAACCAUUUUCUCUGCUUUCAAGUUUUUUCCUAAAUUUGGACUUUUGUACUAUUAUAGUAGAAAGAGAAAAUAAAUAUGCAUACUCCAGGCAUGAGAUGCAAAACUGGCUCGUUUGCACCAGUCUGGUGUUUCUGGCUGCAGAGAGGCUUUUGCAGAGGUGGAUGCCAAAAUAUAUGUGUUCUUGCUGCUCUCCAAGUUGCUCUUCCUUUGGUUAUUCUAUUACAGAGUGUGGUCAUAGAUGUUCAGAAUAGCUUUUGCUUUGUAAACGUCUUGAAAAAUUUCCCGUUUAAUUUGACGUACAGUUUAUUUUUUCCCUGCAGCCUGCAGAAUAUUUGUAUUUUUAGCAGCACAUAAAGGACAUCAUUUGAAUUUUGUGGCCCCGUAACAACCAAAAAAAACAGUGUCAGAAGUGGGGGAGUGGAAUUGCCUUUGGGUUAAACUUCACAGGAGAAGGAGGAGAUGCAGAUAUAUCAGAUGACACUGUGAGACAGUUACUCAAAUCUUGCUACUUUGAAAAAUUAAGCUGUGAUUAAAAUGUAUUGAGCAAAGUUCAUGCUUGAAGUGAGAGCUUGGAAAAAUAAAAGAACAAAAUACACUUUAAUAUUUCCAUCCUUGCUCUGUUUUGAUUGUCAGUAAUGGGGAAAGAUACACCCAUUCCUGUCAUGAAUUUGAAGAAUUUGCCUUUUUCCAGUGUCCGUACGGAUUGGUGUCAAGUGGUGCCAUGCCUGUGCUGUUGGCUGAUAAUAGCUUCUGAUAUGAAGAAGGAUAUAGAGUCUUUAAUAGCCCAGGAAAAAGCAGAGAUCGUUGCCAAGUAUGAGAAGGGCAGACAGGAAGGAGCUCCGAUUGACCACUGGGAAGAUGCUGAUUUCACCCUGUAUAAAGUUACAGACCGGUUUGGAUUCCUACAUGAGCAGGAGCUGCCAACCCGCACCGCCUUGGAGGAGAAGCAAAAACAGCAGGAAAUUGAACGUGUGGACAAGUGGCUUAAGAUGCUGAAGAAAUGGGGCAAAUACAGAAACAGUGACAAGAUGUGCCGGCGAGUGUACAAAGGGAUCCCACUCCAAGUGAGAGGCCAGGUCUGGUCACUUCUGUUGGAUGUCGAGAAGAUGAAGAAGGAGAACGAAGGAAAAUAUGAGCAAAUGAAAGAACAAGCAAAGUGUUUUUCAUCGGAAAUCAAGCAGAUAGAUUUGGAUGUUAACCGCACCUUCCGAAACCACAUCAUGUUUCGGGAUCGCUACGGAGUGAAGCAACAGGCACUCUUCCAUGUCUUGUCAGCAUACUCUGUUUAUAACACCGAAGUGAGCUACUGCCAAGGGAUGAGCCAGAUUGCAGCCAUCCUCCUGAUGUACUUGAAUGAAGAAGAUGCGUUUUGGGCACUGGCACAGCUGCUGACCAAUCAGCGACACGCCAUGCACGGUUUUUUCAUUCCUGGGUUCCCGAAGCUGCAGAGGUUUCAAGCUCACCACGAACAGAUUUUAAGCAAACUGUUUCCCAAACUGAAGAAGCACAUGGACAAAGAGCAGAUGACUACAGGGAUUUAUACAACCAAGUGGUUCCUGCAGUGUUUCAUUGACCGGACGCCCUUCACCCUCACCUUGCGGCUGUGGGACAUCUACAUCCUGGAAGGGGAGCGUGUGCUGACAGCCAUGGCUUACACCAUCCUCAAAUUGCACAAAAAGCGCUUGCUGAAGAUGACACUGGAAGAUUUACGUGAGUUUCUGCAGGAGAAAAUUGCUGCUUCCCUGCAGUAUGAGGACGAUGCAGUCAUCGAGCAACUGCAGGUGUCAAUGACUGAGCUGCGGAAGAUGAAAUUUGACCUCCCACCACCAGCAAAGCCUGAAGAGUUUCCAAGGAAACCCCUGGGCCUGGAGCUCUCUCUCAAUCCAGUAGCUGUAAAGGACAACCCAGCAGCCAACAGCCAGAAUGGCCGGGCGGGUGAGCACACCCUGGAGAGGGAGCCCCAUCCUCACAGAGUUCCUGAGGGACCAGGAGGAAUGACAGUGGUGGAAGAGAGGAUUCCCACUCUCCAGGGCAGUGAAGCAGCAGAAGCAACAAACUUGCCUCCUCCUGGUGGGCAGCCACUGGAAGAGCAGGGCCGGGUGGAGCCCGUUGUGGACGGGCAGCCAUCAUCUCUUCUGAAGGCAAGCGAGACACAAGCCCAUCAUCACCUCCUGCCCACGGCCCUGCCUCCAGAGGAGCCUCCUCUUGCUCCUGGCUGUGCCAUGAUGGACCAUGGAGUCCCCCUCCAUGCCCCAGCUGAGCACAGCUCCUUAGACUCCUCUCUCCAAAACAGGCCAACUCCUCCUGACUUGAGCACUGCUGAGCUUUCCACUACGGAUGAUGCAGUAUGGCAGCCAAAUCCUGCUGCCCUGCCGGCAGAACAAGCAUCUUCCCUGUGUGAAGAUGCAGCGCUUGAAGCACCCCCCCAUCCCCUGCUGGGCAGCUGCCGGCGUCUCUCUUGCACGUCACAGAACGACGGCUCCCCCGAGAGUGGGCACAGGGAGGCAGUGGACCAGGAGCACUGCGGAGCAGUGCUGCCGGGCAAAAUGGACUUGAAGCGCUCAGCAUCCAAAGCUGCAUCCACAGGAGAGCUCACCAGCCUGCAGAAUGGGCUGGGGAGCGCCGCCAGCACUGUGCACUGGCCCAAGGACAGGGUGGCGGGAGGCAGUGUGCCCAUCUUAUCCAGCAGCGAGCCGGAGGGAGCAGAGCUGGGUGAGGGCUGCCCCUUCCAGCAGGCAUCAUCCCCUGUGGUGGAGGGGAACAGCCCCUACAUCGUUAUCAAAACUGUCACUCCCCUCCACCUGGCCCAUGCAACAGAGCAGGACUUCUUGAACAGAAAGCAGGUGGCAUUGCCUCUGUCAGAGACUGGGCACCCCCUGCCUGCCACCUCCACGCCACCAACUCUUACGCCGGACCCGGAGGAGGUAGAUGUCCAGAAAAGCCUCCAGAAACCAUUAAAUGCACUGAAAGCCCCACGACCCCCUCUGAGCCCCAAACCAAAAUUACCACCACAGGUUGUCAAAUCUCACUCAGAGAACAGUUUCCUUUCAGGCUCUCCUCCCCUGGCAAAGAUGCCCAAAUCAGUGACGUUUUAGUGGAGAUGGGGGAGGCGAGGGAGAGGAAGUGGGUUCUGGAGCAGCACCCCUGCCUCAUUUACAGGAUCCCCAUCCUUCAGCAGGGCUGUGUCGGGGUGACAGCACAGCAGCCAUCCUAUGUUGAGCUGUGCUUUGGUACGUGUGCCCAGCGAGGAGACGAAGCAGGGGCCACCAGCAACAGGAGACACCAACAAAUUGGAUUUGCGUCUUUCCUAUGGACAAAUUGGAAAGUGAUUUCAUGUUUUGUUCCUCAAAGCUCCCUGAGCCACAUGGCUUGGGGGAAGAGGCAGGGCUGGUGAAUGUGUUGCGUGUUUUCUUUUGCUCCUGCCUGCCAUGGGUACCCAUGGCCAGGGAAGCAGGCAUAAGGCAUAGGAAUCCAAGAUGCUUUCUUUAAAAUGCCCCAUCAGCACAGCCACAGCAUUGGUUUCAAAGGCCUUGUAGCAAUAGAUCUUUAUUUCAUUUCCCAGACCCAUGGUUGUAGGCAGCAGGAUUUCCAGGCAGGGCCAUGGCAUCCUGGCCUGCUGCUCCCUCUAUGCAAUUCCACAAAGCAGUGCCCAGCUGUACCCAGCUCCUGCCGCCACGGUGGAUGGUGUCCCAGAGAAGAGGUUUAACAGCUGCUGAGUCCCUAAGGCGUCUGCUUGGUGUUACCCCGGUGGAGGACCACCAACAGGGUCAUUUUUUCCCAAGUUCUCAAGGUGAGAAGGCCGGUGAUGAAUGUUGAGCCUGGUCUCUUGAGCUGAGUGACCUUUCUGCUGGCCUUUCCUUCGCAGGUCCAGCGUGGCGAGCAGGCUCGCUGCCUUUUUAUUGGCCAGACAGAAAAAGGGAUUGCUGGCUCGGGAGGCCUGUCAGCAUGAGCAAGCUGCUGGAGGUGCGAUGGCAUCUAAUCACAGUGCCCAAGCUGAAGUCCGCUUUUACUUUGAGCAGGUUAAGUGUCAGGGUGGAAAAGGGCGUAGGAGUUGGGGAGAGGGAGCACAUUGCCCAGGGUCUGAUCUCAGCUCUUCUCGUUUAGACCACACAGAAAUUAACAACCAAGGAAGGAAACCUGGGCAUGAUAGGUGCCCACAUGCCUGCUUGCCCUUCAUGCACCAAGUCCUGGUGGCCUGUCCAUCUUCUCCCCAUCCCAGAGUGUUGCUGCUGCACAGCCCAUGCCAUUGGUUGGAGGUGUGCAGGGACCUUGGGACACACCCCACUGAAAGAGCUGGUCCAAAAUCCUGUUCCAGCAUCUACUGCAUGCCUAGAGGUUGAAGGGCCUUCAUCAGGAAGGUAGAUCAGUGGAAGAAGCAAGAAAUAAACCAAUCUAGAUGUGCUUUUUGACCUUGCAGUUCAGAAGGGGUGGCUGCAGGUGUGAUUCCCACCCCUUCAACAGAGACUCUGAGCAAAAGCUUCUCUAAGUUUCUAAGGAGACUUGGAAAACUAUUUUUUUUAUCUCACAGGCUGCUUCAAUAGCAUAACCUGAUCUGAAGCCUACAUGAAAGCCCAGCCCCAAACCUCCACUAAAUUACUUAGUGGGGUCUAGGAGUUGGACUCGAUGAUCCUGAUGGGUCCCUUCCAAUUCAUCACGUUUUAUGAUUUGAUGAUUUAUCAGGGUUUAUUUUGCCUUGUGUACGUGUGGUUGGUUGUGUUUGUAGCAGGAAGAGUGUCAAAGGGAGCACCUGAUCUUUCUUUGGAUGUAGCCAGCCAGACCACAGCACUCUCAGCUUCUGUUGCAACCCCUGCUCUGUCCAAGGCCCCAUCUUCUGCUGAGCUUCCAGCCUUGGCUGUCCUCUCCCUCUGCAAAGCAGGGAUAACUCUAUUAGCUACCUCGCAGGGGUGUUGUGAGGAGUCAAGCGUUGCUGUUUGAGGAAAAGUGCUCUAUGAAUGUUCAGUAUUUGUGUUUUGAGACACCACUGGUCCUUUCUAGGACAAUGGUGCUUGAGUUGUUUUUAAUUUAGAGUAUGUUUUCCUGUAACUCUGCAUAGUUAAACCUAUUUGUGUGUUAAAAUACCUGAGCAGUAUUUCAGGACAGAUAUCUGUUGCCUUUUGCUGGCAGCUCACUGGCCACUGGAGCUGACUGUGAAGCAACGAGAAGCAUCUGAGGGCUGUUGGUCACAUCUUGGCUUGGCUUCUGUAGCCUGGGGCUCUGUCCUCUCCUUGAAGCCUGCAUAGGACUCCUGCUAAUGCAUCUGAGCAUUUGGCUCAUGCGUGCAGGAGCGGAGACCUUUCCCCUCAUUUUGACCUAUUUUCCCUCAUUUCAGGCACACAGCCUUGGCACAUCAUGUUGCUUGUGCACCUGGGCUCCUCAUCCAGCAUGUCUGGGAUGUUUUGCAGUACUAACAUGUAAGAAGGUGGUUUGCUCUAAUUUUGGAGAGCUGUCAAAUGCAUAGUACUCAUUGCAUAGCGUUUGGUGUAUGAUGUUCAACGUGAAUUUUGAGGGGGCAGUUCCUCCCCUUCAAGACCUACUGGGAAUGAGCAGCAAGGUCCUUAGUCACCUCUACGCCUAGGGGAAGCCACCAGCUGGUUUCAGUGACCUUUGGACCAGGCAAACAAAGGCUCCCCCUUUCCACCAAUGUGCUUCUUGCUGGGAAGGUCUUUGAGCUCCUCACUGUGCCAUCUAAGAAGCUCUUCUCCAACCUGCAGGCCCUGAAAGCUGGUAGGUUUGGGAAGAGGCCCUUUGCCACAGCUGGCUGGGAGCCAGCAGCGUACAUUGCUUUCCUUGCUGUGAUGCUUUUACUUCAGCACAUCAAAGCAUGAUCUACAAGGAGAUGACAAAUCCUGCCUCCUCUUGUCUGCAGACCUGCCUCUUGCUGCAGACAAAAGUGCAGCCAUGUCAGGUCUGUGGCAGACAGGAUGGGCAGGACCUGGCCCAUCCUCAGCUCUUUUCACGGGGAAUAGGAAGGGAAGAAUGAGGGUGGCAGCUCAGCAGGACAAAUUAACUGGCCUAAGCCACUUGCCUCUUACCAAAUUAACUGGUCUAAGCCACUUGCCCCCUGCCCAGCCUCUUAUAACAGUGUCAGCCCCUUGGCAAAAGGCACUCUUACUGUGAGCAAACUUGGGAAAGCAGUUCUCCCCAUCUUAGCCCUUGCAGCCCUGAGACAACUCUUUGCCUUGCUGUCUUCCAUGUCAAUGUAAAGACCAGUGUUGUGGGUUUGGGGUUUUUUGGGGUUGGUUUGUUUUUGUUGUUUGUUUGUGAUUGAGCACUUUGAGUGGCUGCAGCAUCGGUGGGCAGCAGGAACCAUGGAGUCGAGUUCCAGUAUGGGACUGUGGUUGAGGUCAGGGUUUCUCAGCUGUGCACUUUGAGAACCUGGCUACCAUCUGCUUUUCUUUUUAAUUGCUUUUCUUGUUUACAGCGUGGAACGCUUCCUCCGUGACUCUUUCUAAUGUAUUAUAAUUAUUACUUUAAAGAAA